AUGCCUAGGGGAGAACAUUACCUAGAUGGCAACUUUGGUAGAGGGAAGGGGUAUACUUCUCUUUCUGCAGAAGAGGCUGCAGGUAUUGCAAUUCUAAUAGUUCUUCUUGCAGUUUUGCUGAUUGUUGGAUGUUGGUGUUGCAAAAGGCACAGUGGUUACACAAGGCUUCUGAGUAAGAAUUUUGGAUUGGCCCCUCUGUCCAACUCAAAAGGCAGAAGCUCCUUCAGUGACUCCAAAUUGCCCUUGCGGGACUACACCAGCAGCGAUAGUCACGUGGUGCCAGAUGCCCCACCAGCCUAUGAUAAGAGCUCCAGCAGCCUGUUGCCACCACCAUACGCACCGUAGGAGGAAUUCAUCAAG